CCUUCCACAAAACUACAGUAUAUGACUUCAGAAGACUUGGAAUAUAAUCCAAGUUUGGACUACCUCUGUGGUGUUUUUAUAUUGUUUUUGUCUUUUGGGAUCUUGACAGUCGUGGUCAAUAUGAACUGUACAUAAUGAUGAACUGUUCCUUUAAGUGACGCAUGUGUGUUUGACAAGUGCUCGCACCAAUCAGUGUUGCGGAGGCGGAGCGCGUCGGACUCGCUCUACUUCCCUAGAUAGAGCAGAUCGGUGGAGACACACAACACAAGCGGGCGGUGCAAAACCCGAUUCCAUCAUCAUUAUUUCACUGGACCUGCAGAGACCAAGUGUCGCAAGCCAGCACCGGCCAUUGAUUGCACAUCACCACUGGCUUUAGCGUCGAGUACCAGAUCUGCUGGAGAUGGCAGGGAUAUUGGCGUGGUUCUGGAACGAGCGGUUCUGGCUUCCUCACAACGUAACCUGGGCUGACUUGAAAAAUACAGAUGAGUCAACCUUUCCUCAAGCCGAGGACCUGUAUCUGGCGUGUCCUUUAGCGUUCUGCGUGUUCAUGAUCCGGCUGAUCUUCGAGAGGUUUAUUGCCAAGCCAUGUGCUCUUGGUUUGAAAAUCCAGGCCAGUGGGCCACAGAAGGCUCAGCCCAAUGCCAUUCUGGAGAAGGUCUUCACUGCCAUCACCAAGCACCCUGAUGAGAAGAGGUUAGAGGGUUUGUCCAAGCAGCUGGACUGGGACGUCAGGACAAUCCAACGCUGGUUCAGGCAACGACGCAACCAGGAGAAACCCAGCACGCUGGCGCGCUUCUGCGAGAGCAUGUGGAGAUUCACAUUUUACCUGUAUAUAUUUACUUACGGUGUACGAUUCCUGAAAAAGACUCCGUGGCUGUGGAACACCAGAGAGUGCUGGUACAACUACCCCUAUCAGCCGUUGACGGCGGAUUUACAUUACUACUACAUACUGGAGCUCUCCUUCUACCUGUCUCUGCUCUUCACGCAGUUCACAGACAUCAGAAGAAAGGACUUCCUGCUCAUGUUCCUGCAUCAUGUGGCGACAAUCUCUCUGAUCACCUUCUCAUAUGUGAAUAACAUGGCUCGAGUGGGAACUCUUGUCAUGUGUCUGCACGAUGCAGCUGAUGUUCUACUAGAGGCUGCUAAAAUGGCCAACUACGCCAAGUGCCAGAGACUGUGCAACAUUCUGUUCGUCAUGUUUGCUCUGGUGUUCAUCAGUUGCAGAUUGGGAAUAUAUCCUGUAUGGAUUUUAAACAGCACUCUGUUUGAGAGCUGGGAGAUUGUGGGUCCGUAUCCAUCCUGGUGGGUGUUUAACCUGCUCCUCAUGCUGCUGCAGGCCCUGCACACCUUCUGGUCUUAUCUCAUAGUGCGCAUCGCCUGGAGGGCCAUUUCCAGAGGCAAGGUGUCAAAGGAUGACCGCAGUGACGUUGAGUUCAGCUCUGAUGAAGAUGAGGUUCGGCCUCCCCCUCAGAAACACCACACUAAUGGGACCAACGGGGCCCACGGCACAAACGGAUACAUGUCCUUGUCUCCCUGUCCAGAUGAACACUAACUGUCCAGCUCUGGACAUUUCACUGGGUCCCAGACUGCUGAUGGAACCUGCAUCACUCUGUUGUGUCAGAACAUGAACAUUGCUAGACUAGUUCUGGAAAUUCUCAAUAAUGUGACUGCGGUUCUGUUUCGGCUUUUUGUUUUCUCCAAUUUCCCCCCAGAUGUUUUUCCCUUUAUGUUUUGUUUGUUUGCUUUCGUUUUGUGGUUGUUUAUCAUGCAUUAUUGGUACUCAGUUAUCACAGCACCUUUUAGAUUCAAGUGCAGCUCACUGUUUGAUUUUUAGCACAGUGGUUCUCAACUGGUGGGUCUGUUCUGAUUGGGUUAACACAACAGGGAAAAAACAAUGCCAAAUGCAAAUAAUAAAAUGCAAUUAUCCAGAUAAUCAGACGUAUCAUACAGUACUUAGGAUGACAAAAUAAACAGGCUUAUAAACUAUUAAAAAGGUAGGGAAAAACACUCCCCAUAUCUUUUGUUGUUGACAGAAGAUUUUAGGCUGUGCUGCAAAUUCAUCUACAUAUCUUUUGGCAGGAUGCAUGACAUGCCCUCUCCUUACGACAAAAAGCACUGUGCUGGUGCCAUGGUACAGUGAUCGUAUCAGAUAGUGAUACUAGAGUUCUUUAGUAUUACUGAAAUGCAUGUAUCGUGGUAUUUACAUGGUACUCUAAUAUAGAGAUAGACCGAUAUAUCGGUUUUACUGAUUAAUCAGUGCCAGUUGUUGCUAUCAGAUAUUGCAAAAAAUGUAUGGCGAUAGUUUUUUACAUUUUUUAUGUGUUCCUCUGUGGCCGGUGCUGGAGAAUUCUACUGUUAGACCGUAUUGGUAUUUACAGUAUAACAGCAGCUUAUAAAGGUGAAGUAAAAACGAUCACUGACAUUGAAUCACUAAAAUCUUUCAUCAUUGACAAUAUUCAUCCAUAUUUUUAUAUCUUAUUUUUGAUAUUUUUAUAUCAUAUUUCCAUAUCUUGUGAAUUAUAAUAAAAACCUCAUCUGAUGAUGACAUAUAUAUAUAUAUAUAUAUAUAUAUACACUGGCGGUCAAAAGUUUGGAAUAAUGUACAGAUUUUGCUGUUUCGGAAGGAAAUUGGUACUUUAAUUCAUCAAAGUGGCAUUCAACUGAUCAAAAAGUAUAAUCAGGACAUUAUUGAUAUAAAAAACAGCACCAUCACUAUUUGAAAAAAGUCAGUUUUGAUCAAAUCUAGACAGGUCCCAUUUCCAGCAGCCAUCACUCCAACACCUUAUCCUUGAGUAAUCAUGCUAAAUUGCUAAUUUGGUACUAGAAAAUCACUUGCCAUUAUAUCAAACACAGUUGAAAGCUAUUUGGUUCAUUAAAUGAAGCCUUAACAUUGUCUUUGUGUUUGUUUUUGAGUUGCCACAGUAUGCAAUAGACUGGCAUGUCUUAAGGUCAAUAUUAGGUCAAAAAUGGCAAAAAAGAAACAGCUUUCUCUAGAAACUCAUCAGUCAAUCAUUGUUUUGAGGAAUGAAGGCUCAAUGCUUGAAAUUGCCCAAAAACGGAAUAUUUCAUACAAAGGUGUACACUACAGUCUUCAAAGACAAAGGACAACUGACUCUAACAAGGACAGAAAGAGAUGUGGAAGUCCAGAUGUACAACUAAACAAGAGGAUAAGUACAUCAGAGUCUCUAGUUUGAGAAAUAGACGCCUCACAUGUCCUCAGCUGACAGCUUCAUUGACAUUUUUUUUCAAAUUGUAAUAGUAAUUUUUCACAUUAUUAAUGUCCUGACUAUACAUUGUGAUCAGUUGAAUGCCACUUUGGUGAAUAAAAGUACCAAUUUCUUUCCAUAAGAGCAAAAUCUGUACAUUAUUCCAAACUUUUGGCCGCCAGUGUGUGUGUAUAUAUGUAUUAGGGCUUUCAGUCGAUUAAAAUAUUUAAUCAAAUUAAUUACAUGACAUGCCGAUUAAUUAAUAAAAUUAAUCCCAUAUAUCAAUAGUUGCAGAAAAGGGCCCCCAAAUAAAGAUAAUUCAAUAUUUAAUAAUCAAAAUGUGCCUGAUUAUGAAUAUAAUUUAUAAUAAAAUACAAUAAUAUACAUUUAUAAAAAUAUAAAAUAAUUUAAAGACAUUAGAUUAUUGUGGCAGACGAGUAAAGCACUGAUUAAAGUAAAUAAUACAAAAAGUGUCGUUAGAAAUCGAUCAGAGGUGGGUAGAGUAGCCAAAAACUGUACUCAAGUAAAAGUACAAUUACUUAAUAAAAGUACUAACAUAAAUAAUUACCUGAGUAAGAGUAAGAAAGUAUCCAAUUAAAAGAGUACUCAAGUAGUGAGUAACUCGUUACUUUCACAAAUGAUAUAAUGGGCGUUAACUUCCUACAUUCCAUUACAUAAUACACAUUUAACAUGUAUUACAGAAUUAUUAUUUUUAUUAUUAUUAUUAAUGAAAAUUCUGUCAUCAUUCACAAUCAUUUUUUUCCAAACCCGUAUGACUUUCUUUCUUCCAUGCAACACAAUAAGGAGAUUUUAGACAGAAUGUUUGCCUGAGUCACCAUUUACUUUCAGUGAAUAUGUUUUUUUUCCUCUGUAUUUUGAAAGUGAAUGAUGACUGAGACUGUCAGUCCCUAACAUUCUGUCUAACAUCUUUUGGGUUCCACAGAAUAUAGAAGGUCACACAGGUUUGGAACAAAAUGAGGAUAGGGAAAUGAUGACAGAAUAUUAAAUUAUGGCUGAACUAUCACUUUAAAAGGAUAGUUCACCCAAAAAUGAAAAUUCUCUCAUCAUUUACUCACCCUCAUGCCAUCCCAGAUGUGUAUGACUUCCUUUCUUCUGCAGAACACAAAUUAUGAUUUUUAGAAUAAUAUUUCAGCUCUGUAGGUCAGUACAAUGCAAGUGAAUGGGUGCCAACAUUUUGGUGGAGGUGCCGCACUCCAUUGGUAGGGCAAUUCAUUUUUACGGUGGCAUGACUUUGGGGGCAAUUUGACCUUUAGGGUGGGCAUAAUGUUCUCUUUUCACCUGACUGGGGGGUUGGUGGGUGGAGGGGUUAACAUGGAAAAUCUAGGGGGGCAAUGCCCCUCCUAGCCCGCCCUUAAACCUGGCCACGUACUGUAGUACCAUAGUGCUUUAAGUGUCAUCUUUGAAAAUAAUGAACAAAAUGAUGUAAGGUAAAAGAAGGUAUGACCUUGACUACAUUAAUGAUUAAAUAUGGUACGGUGGUGGUCGUGACUUGAUGUCCAAGGUAAAAUCUGGGACCUGAAACAAAACCAGUUGAGAACCACUGUUUUUAAAGCAGUUUUUUCUUUCAUAAUCAUAUAGGCGAGCUGAUGUGUUCAUUAUGGGAACAGUAGUUUUCUCGCAUUUGUGUCUUGUAUUUAUUUAUUUUUUCCAACUGUCAGGGUCCCAGAGCCGGUGCCCAAUCUAGUAUCAUUCCACGUGUUUUUAUCGAAGAAAUGUUUCUCUACAUUUCAAACGAUGUGGUAUGUUGCAACAUGCAUUUACUUGACCAACCCGAUAUUAAUUCAAACUUAAAAUAAGUUCUUAAAAUGCAAAAGUUAUCCUAGUAAACAAAAGACCACGAUGUACUUUUCUUAUGGGCAGAGCUUAUGUAGGCCACAUCCACACUAAUAAAUUUUUGGUUAAAAACUA